GUCUUUUUUUUUCUCUCAGAAUCCUAAAACUGUUGCCUAAACAUCAUAUUCCUUUUAGUAUUUAGAAGCUAAUACAAAUAAGAGGAAAACUACAUGAAACAAAAUGAAUACUGAAGACAAGGAAAACCAGUUUUUUGAAGCAGGUGAAAGUAGAGUGCAAACACCUCUAAAAUGGAGAGCUACCUCCAGUUCGGUUUUGGAAGAAGUCCAACCUGCUGCUGCUGUCCGCCUGACAACACCACCGAAGCCUAGUGAAGUCUCUUCUAAAGAUCCAUGGACACCCACGGCUAACCUCAAAAUGCUAAUCAGCGCAGCUAGUCCUGAGAUUCGAAAUCGAGAACAGGAAAAAAAAUUGUCAAACAGCAGAAAUGAAAGCUUUGAAGAACAUUUGUCAGGAGAUGAAUAUGAAAAAUCCCAACCAAGCCGUAAAGACAAAAGCCUGGGAUUGCUGUGUCACAAAUUUUUAGCUCGCUAUCCUUGCUAUCCUAACCCUUCUCAAAACAAUGAAAUUUGCCUUGAUGAAGUAUCAGAAGUGCUUAAUGUUGAGCGUAGACGUAUUUAUGACAUAAUGAAUGUCUUGGAAAGUCUGCACAUGGUGAGUCGACUUGCCAAAAACAAGUAUUCUUGGCAUGGGUGUUAUAAUCUGAAAAGAACGCUGCAGAUUUUGAAAAAAGUUGCUGAGGAGAACAAAUACACGGACCAAAUUGAGUUGAUUAAGAAAAGAGAAUCUGAACAAGAGUUUGAAAAGGAUAGUCAGAAGACUGAGUUGGUGACAAAGCACAUUGUGCCAAAUGAUCAUACGGACAUAUGCUUUGUGGAGUUUCCUGGGAUGGAGUUUCGAGCAGCUUCAGUAAACAAGCGUAAAGACAAAUCUUUAAGAGUAAUGAGUCAGAAAUUUGUGAUGCUUUUUCUUGUAUCAUCUCACCAUGUCGUGAGCCUUGAGGUUGCUGCUAAAAUGUUGAUUGGUGAAGACCACUUGGAGUAUUUAGAUAAAAGCAAAUUCAAAACUAAAAUCCGGAGACUGUAUGAUAUUGCUAAUGUUCUCAGUAGCCUUGAACUUAUCAAGAAGGUUCACGUUGCCGAAGACAAGAACCGCAAACCAGCAUUUAAAUGGACGGGGCCAGAUAUUUCUUCAGAUACCCAGGGUACACAGCCAGUUGCUACACCUGCAAUGAUUAUUUCAUCUCAUCCUGUGAAAGAUAAAUCUUCCAAGGAGAACUGUGCCAAGAACCUGUUCCCUAAUAGAAGCAAGCAAGGCUUCACAAGGCAUCCAUCCUUAAUAAAAACGGCAAAGACAAUGCAGAGCGAUCGGAGGAAGAUCCGUUCUGCUCCAAGCAGCCCCAUUAAGAAAAACACAAGUCAAAUUGCACCAACCCUUCCAAGUAAGAUGGCACAACUUGCAGCAAUAUGCAAACAGCAGUUAGAUGAACAAUCAAGAGAUCUCAAAAAGAUGAAAAUGAAACUGGAACACUAUACUUCACCAGGCUCUCUGGGUCCUCCUCCUGGCAGUUGUUUGAAGCUCAAAACAUCUCAGGCUGAGAUCCUUCCUCUGAUCCCUAGUUCAGGAUCACCAGCAGUGCUAACUCAUGCCCAUCCCAAUGUGCCAUAUGUGUUGUAUUUCCCGCCUUCCCAAACACAGAUAGUGACAGCACACAAUCCAGGUUCCUCAGUACAGCCCUUUCCCUGUACUAAUGUGAUGGGAAUGAAUUCUCCUGUGGAGGCCAGUUCACAAUUGAUCCCUGAGAAAAAGUGCAUUGAGGACAGUGACAUUAACUUAGCAGCAGGUGAUGCCAGUUCCAGAGAACAAAGCCUUGGCCUGGCCAAGGAGCAAGAUGGCAGAAAAGAUGACUUGAUAUUUGGAAAAUGUUUCAAAAGAUGUGAAUCGGCGCUGGAGGACACUCCCAUUAAAAAAUGUAAGAAUGAAGAGCCGGAGCAUCAGACUUGGCUUCCUUCAGGUUAUCUUAUACCUUUUCCUCAGUUUACCAAGCUUUUAAGUGAAACCACUGUUUCUAGCAGCGAGAAGACUGAGUCAUGUGUAGAACAGAAAACCUACAGUUCGCCUAUUGCUGAUGGUAUCCCUGUGACACCUAACUCUACAAAAAUCCAUUUUCCUACUCUUCAGUUAAUGCCUUUGAACCUAAUGGUGCCAUCUUCGGUAGCUACUGUAUCCGUGACGAAUGGUCCUGCUGUUGCUUUGAGCCGUGCUGCUCCCAUGCAAGCCCCGAGCCCUUCACUUCUGGAUUUUAUGCUCCAACAUGCAGGACUGAUGCCCGCCAGCAUACAGGCUUCUGCAAAUCAAGUCUUUGACUCUGCCCUGGUUUGUCAACGAGCAGAACAUGUUACUGCUGUCCCCAGAAGUGUCAGCAUGAAAAAAAGGAAAGCAUUACAGAAUGUCUUACCAAAGGACAGCAGUUGGUUCAAUGGAAAAUCAGUUCCAACAACAAUUUUAAAGCCGACUGCUGUUUCUGCGGCACCCAGUGACUCUCAUAAAGGCAGUGAAAGUGUCAUCAAAAUGUCGUGUGAAUCAUCUUUCAUUCCUGGCUUUUGUUCAUCUUCUUGUGAAUCAGAUGAAAUUUCCCAAGAAGAAUUGCUAGUUCAACAAAGAGAACUGGAUAUGUCAAUUGAAGAUGAUAAUGUUUGAUCAGGAGAAAUAUUGCUGGAACUUUCCCAUCUCAGAUAGAAUUGCAACUUUUUAUUUCUGGUAUUGUGGGUGUACUUCAGAAAUGGUAUUUGAUCAUAGGGGUAGCUUCUUUCUGCUGGAGUACUGUUUUAUUUAGAAUUAUUCACUCUUUUAAACAAAGCAAGGAUAUGCAUUGGCUUCUAGGAGAUUAAAUAAUAAUCAUCAUCUUUAUUUGUACUCUGCCCCAUCUCCCAAAAAGGGACUCGGAGUGGCUUACAACCAUGAAAUAAAACAUAUUAGAUAAUAUAAACAAAAUACAAUAACAUAUCAAAUUAAGAUAAAACCAAAACAUUAACACAAAAUGCCAGCCAUCAAUAAACAAUUACUAUAUAAAAGCACUUUGAACAACAUUUUAAAAAUCCCAGCCAUUGCUAUGGUAAAAUUAGUCAUAAAAUCUGAUUGAUGAUUAUUGGGUAUUAAACAAAUCCACUUAUAGAAAGCAGCUGUUUGGAAUAAGACUGCCUUCACAAUUGUGUAGGGUGUGAAAGUUGUUGUAUAUUAAAUAUUGGAAUCUGAAGGUACCAUGUAACAUACUUUUUUUAAUGUGAAGGGCUCUAAUUCAGUUGAAAUAAUAUUUUAAUUCUGUGUUUGAAUUGCUGUUUUAUGAAGUUGAAAAUCUUAAUCAUGCCUAUUUAAAUCUAAAGUUUAUUUAAACAUUAAUUUUCUCAAAUUAAAUUUUGAACUUAAUUUUUCUAA